GAAGUUAUCUGGGCUCAAGAGGGUUACAGCACCUUCCCGAAAGCUGCUGCUUCUUUCUCACCUUGAAGAAUAAUCCUAGAAAACUCACAAAAUGUGUGACGCUUUUGUAGGUACCUGGAAACUUGUCUCCAGUGAAAACUUUGAUGAUUACAUGAAAGAAGUAGGAGUGGGCUUUGCCACCAGGAAAGUGGCUGGCAUGGCCAAACCCAACAUGAUUGUCAGUGUGAAUGGGGAUGUGAUCACCAUUAAAUCGGAAAGUACCUUUAAAAAUACUGAGAUUUCCUUCAAACUUGGCCAGGAAUUUGACGAAGUCACCGCAGAUGAUAGGAAAGUCAAGAGCACCAUAACCUUAGAUGGGGGUGUUUUGGUACAUGUGCAGAAAUGGGAUGGCAAAUCAACCACCAUAAAGAGAAAACGAGAGGGUGAUAAACUGGUGGUGGAAUGUAUCAUGAAAGGCGUCACUUCCACCAGAGUUUAUGAGAGAGCGUAAGCCACGAGACACUGACCUGGACUGAAGUUUGCAUCAAACUCUACGACAUACUCUUGGAUGUUUUGUUCAAAAAGAGAUUGUUACUUUCCACUAUUAAGCAAGCAACUGAUUUUAUCCAAUGCUGAUUUUAUUCAAUAUGGUUGUAUUGGUUAAAUAAAACUUUUUGGAUUUAAAA